UACUCAAAGAGAUGCUUAACCUCGAUGAAGAACCGGAUAUCGAGCGUGCUCAUCGAGUCGGCAGAAGAGUAAAUGCUACAACUGGCUCCGUAAGACGUCCAAGGACCAUACGAUUGAAAGCAAAAAGAAAAGAUCAUCAGAAGUGCCAGGAGAAUCAAGCCCCUUGGAAUUUUUGUUAAUGAAGACCUGGCACAAGAAAACGUUGACAAGAGGGAAGAGCAGCGUCCUAAGUUUGAAGAAGCGAGAAGAAACGGGAAAAUAGCCUAUUUCAUUUUAGACAGGCUGGUUAUUAAAGAGAGAAUUGACCGUCCCAGUUAAGAUUCCCAAAACCUGGAGAACCGGCCAAAUAUCAAACGAGCCGUCGUGCUCGGGUGGGGCUGACCGAUUUUCCAAAUUAGAAUUAACAAAAGAAGCCGCUUUCGGAGAUGUGACAACUUUGUGUCCUUGUUCACCACUAAUAGCUGCUGAAAGUAUUCUUGUGGAAUUCGUGCAUCAUUGCAGUGCACAUCGAACCAUGAAUUUGCUGGUCGCGGAAUAGUUCACGCGUAUGGAGCGACACGCGUUCUACGCAAACGUCUUCUUCUCCUUCUAAUACAGGCAACGUUCAGAACUGUCAUGUAUUCGUUAACACGAAAGGCAAACAUUCGCUGCUGCUGGAAGCUAAUGACCAGGAACCGCGAAACGGCAAUUAGGUCUCGAGUGGGUCCAUGUUUAAAGUUGAACAGUUCGCGGGAAAUCUGAAAUCCGAUCGAUUGAUCAGAUCGAUGAUGGUCUUUUGUAAUGCGACCCAACCGUAUUCGUUUAAUUUGUUGCAUUUCCGUUUGCGGUCUGAAACUUUUGGAAUUUUUGUGCCGGUCAAAUUUUGGUUUUCGCUGAAGUGCGACCAGGCCUUAUUGUUCCUGGUAGGCAUUGUGGGAGAGCAUUUUCUUUGACCUCUUUUGAAACUUAAAGUUCUUCAUUGUAACUAAAUGAGGGUUUUAGGUUGUUUGAUUUCCUUCAAAGUGCCCCCUGGAUUUGAAUAACUAAAAGCGAUUUUCUUUUUUCCGUGAAUGUGGUAGUUUCCUGCUGGGCCGAGCUCGUUAGUGUUGUUUGCAGGAUGUGGAAUUCUCAUGGAUAAAGAUUUGCAGAUCCAAAUUUUGAAGAAUAGAUUGUAGCUUUAACAGAAGUUACAUGAAAUCUGGAGAACUGCGUUGUAACUUAUUCAAGAUUGCUCUUUAAGCAAUGAUUUUCAAACUCCAACUUGCUUUUUUAAAGGUAAUGUAAGUCUGGACUAGCGUGCGUAGUUCCUCCCGUGUUAAUAACUUUUUCGUAAGCUUAACAGUCUUGCGACUGUUCUGUUAUGGCCACUUUGUGGUCAGGCCAGACCAUUGUUUCGGUUCUCCACGCGAACUUCAUGACGCUUGGAAUAUGAGGGAAAUCCUUUAUUGAAUCGCCCAACGCUUUUUGGAAAACUUCUUCAGUCAAUCCGCCAGGAGACGCCAUGUUAAAGAUUAGAAGACCUGUUUACGAGCGAUUAAUUUAAAUCGCGUGCUACGUGCCGACCAAAAAGGCGAUGUCAAUCAAACCUGUCAACAGUUAGUGUUCUCGCCAACAGGAGCUUGCAUCAGCAGGUGCCGCGGAACGGCGUUCUCAAAGGUUUGUCUACAGGCUCUUCCCCUUUCCCUCUCCUCUCCUCGCUAUUUUUUCAUCCUUUCUUCAAAUAGAGAGUCUGUUCACAGGCUACCACAUUGGACGUUGAGUGGGUUUGAUUUAACAUUUUCAACUUCCACAUAAUGUGUUCUGUUUUCAAGAUAGCUUUUUGAACCAUAGGAGAGGAACAAAGCGGAUUCCAUUAUCUGUUUAAUUUCUGUAGUAGUAUCUGAUGUUUGACAGUAUCAAAGGCUUCCGCUAGGUCGAGAAAGAUACUGCAUACAGUUUCAUUACGGUCAAUUUUUAUUUUUAAGAUUGUCGGUGACUGAAAGAAUUGCUUGCUGGGUAGAAUAAUUUAUUUUUCUGAAGGUAAAUUGCUGCUUAAAUAGAAUGUUUUCCUUUACAAGGAAAUUAUUUAGCUGAUUGUAAACCAGUCUUUAAAAGAUUUUAGCAAAUAAAGUACACCAACAAGAGGGUAAUUACCAGGGUCUGUCACUGCAGCAGUCUUAAAAGAUAGGGUAACCUUGGAUCGAGAUUUGAAAACAUCAGGGACAAUACCUGAUUCAACUGAUUCAUUAAACAAGUUUAUGAGGGGAAUGGAAAGUGGAUUGCUGGCAAUCGAAAUUAUUAAAAUAGUCCUGGAUAUCCGUGUUAGCUUUGUGCCUAUCAAGAUCAGAAAGCGCUUAUUCUAUCUGCACGGAAUUCAACCGGGAGAGAAAAAAAAACAGAACUUUAUUGGGAGGAAAGUGUCAGGUUUUACUCUUGAGGAAGAGAUCUUCUGUUAAAUGUUUAUUGGAAGUGUACGUGUGCUUUCGGAUUUUCAAAACUGAAUUGUUUAUUUGGUUUUUCGUCGGGGAAAGUGUCGCAUCGCAAUGGGAUUCAUCGAUGGCUCCGUUUGUGACAGUCGUGCAGGCUCUUACGGUGGACUACAGGAAAAAUCUUUCAGUGAACAUUUGAAAUUUUUAACUAUUCUUGUUUUCCACUGCCGCCACAAAAUGAAGUAUAGCUGCUAUCAAGAUUCUUCUUUUAUUCGAAGCUGGUUUGUUUGGUUGGUUUGGUUUGAGGAGUUCUUCGCCACGGAAUAGACGUUGUCGUGGUUUCCAAAGCCAUCUUGACGAGUAUGAAAACCUCCAUGAGAAAUUACAGUGCCGGUUUGUUUGAGAAUCGAAUUUCGAAUAAGUUCCCGUGAAACAGCUGUUCUGAAAAAAAAUCUGAAUUGUAAAUUAAAGCUACACACUAAAGUAUUAUACCAACAAGGUUUUGGGACCCUAUCUGUCCUUAAAUUUCCCCAGACGCUUGUGUUAUGUAAAUGAAACCUCUCUUGCUUCUGAAACGUUAAGUUACUAAGCAGGUCAAAUACGUGUUCGAGUUAAACCAGGAUUUCGUUUGUCUCCUAUGAAAAGCUAAGGCUAGGAAACAAAGGAAAUUCAUAUUGCAUGAAUAUAAAUACUGGUUUAACUGUACUUCUUUUUACUAUUUUCCUGUUAAAUUAGCACUUCCUUGUUUUCUGGUUCCUUUUUUUUUUAACCAUUGUUUCUUUUUCUUGUAGGAAACUCUGACCGGUUUCAAGUGGAUGGGUAACCUCGCAAGUGAACUUAUGGCUCAAGGAAAGACAGUCCUUUUUUCAUUUGAAGAAGCAAUAGGUGCUUUAAUUUAUCUGUAAAUGACUAACUUGUUAUAAUUACACAGUGUUUCAUUGUUGACUCUUUUACGUCGAGAUUACUAAAAAGCUUUUCUCUAGUGUUUAUAAUAAUUAGAUUAGGUAGACAAGUUAUUUAUAGCAGCUGUGGUUUUCGUAGUCUUUACUUCUGUAUGUAUGUAUGUAUGUAUGUAUGUAUGAAUGUAGUCUGUAUGCCCGCCAAUGGAGGUAUACUUUUUUGUUGAUUUUUUAACCUCACUUACAAAAAAAUCUGUUUUAAAGGCUUCAUGUAUGGUACUAAUGUACUUGACAAAGAUGGGAUUAGUGCUGCAGUGGUCAUGGCAGAGAUGGCUGCAUAUCUCAGUCGUCAAGGAAUUACCUUAACAGAACAACUAAAUAACUUAUACAAGAGGUAUGCAUCUCCAGUCUAACUCUCGUAUCGUAUUUUGUACUUGAAAAAAACUUUGUUAUUGAAAAUUUUCUCAAAUUUUGCGAGCCUGCUAAGAAAUCAUGCCUACAAAGGAAAACAACUUUUUUUCUGUUCUCCAUGGGAUAAAAACCAAAGUGCCCUAAAUCUUCACGCUCACUGAUUAAGCUAAAGUGAGCUCUCUGUUCUAAAACCAUUUUCCACGUUAAGUAGCUCAGAGAGACACUGAUUGUGUCUUAGUACAAUAAGAAGCAAGUAAUAGAUGACCAUCGUAUCGAGGUUUCAAUAUCAGUAAAAGAUGUAUCAGCUUGUGGUUGUUGUGUAACAUUAAAUUCAGCAGUUGUGAAGUUUGACGUCUGAUAUGGGCUUAAGAAUAGGUUAAAGCGAAUAGUUAUUCACCUCCACUUCGGUAAAUAAUUCAGUGAGAGUAACAUUGCCUUGCUUCAAAUUAAAGACAAAUACGUUAGAAACUAACUAUGGUUAGUUAUAAUCAGGUGUGAAUCAAUGAAUACGUUUGAUUUUUAGGUACGGCAUCCAUGUGUCCAACAAUUCUUAUUAUCUCUGUUAUUGUCCAUCGACAAUAAAGAAAAUAUUUGAACGCAUCAGGACUCUGGAGAAUGGUCAGGUCAGUGAAUACAAUGUAAACCUAUCCUUCCCUGUCAUAAUUUCACGCUUUUUAAAGUUGCUUUCUCUUUAUGAAAACAAAACACUGACAAAAUCUGAGGUGAACAGCAAGUACUGUCAUAAGUUUGGGUAGAUAAUUAGAGUCUGUUACCUAACAACUUAAUUGCCUUGCAGAAGUUGUUUUUAAUGUUAUUUUUGGCCAUUGGAUCAAUAGUGAGCGAAAUAAGGCUACAGGGGCCACAGGCCGCCCAGGCGUAGUGUUUGUCAAUAACAUGGAAAAAAUGGGAUGAGUCGUCGAAACUCCCUUGAACUAAAAUAGUCCAAAAGUCAAAAUAUCACAAAACAAAGCGCACAAUCAGGGACAAAAGUAGUUGACACACUUGUUUAGAACGGGUGCUUUUAUCAAACAUUUACUUCAUUUAUUAUUUCAUUCCUUUUAAACGCCAUAAAUCCCCUCACCCCCUGAAUCAAUGUUGUCUGAAGUAAAAGAAAGAGUUGAGGGUCCAAAAUACAACAUUGAUUUUGGGGGCGAGGGGUGGAGGUAGACAGGGGAAGGGGAUAGGUGAGUCCAGUAUUCAAAAAGGGGCCAUUUUGCGGAAGUGUCUCAACACUUUUGUCCCUCAUUGUCUGAAUGCAAAAUUGUACUACUGCACACAAGUUGAGCUCUGUAUGACAAUGAUUUUAACUGAAAUUAAAGCAAUCAAUGACAUAAUUAUGUUAUUGGUGGUGGGGUUGACAUUGACUUCUUCACGACCGAAAUAUAGGGCCAAUUCGAAUUACGUGAUGACGUAAUAAAAGGGCUGCGGUAUCCAGAAUUAACGGCAAUAUAGUUUACAAGCUAAAAACUGAGGCUGAAACUCGCGCACAUGUACAACUUUUGGUGAAUUUCAAGAGUAUGCGUACUGAAAAUAUUUUUAAUAAAGUGAAUAUUCCUCUUUCUUUACUUUAUCCGAUUGAUAAGACGCAAACAAUCAGGGGUAGCGUAAGGAUUGACACGUAUUGGGGAUAGUCACUGGCCGGCCACGGAAAUAUGGAGCGUUAGUGAGGAUCGGCCAUCACUGCGUUCAAUAUCGGAACUACGGAAAAGUGAAGGUAAAUUCAUGGUCAAUUUAAUAAAAAACUAAGGACAGCGUAACAAAUAUUACAAGUGUACGCGAAAACAAUUACUUUCAAUCCCACCUGGUGACACCCUCUGUGACAUGAUAACGCAACGCAAAUAGCGUGACAUGAGCGCAUAUGUCUGAGUAUUUGGACUGCAUUUCUCAAGCGAAACCCUCUGUUUUUCUCUAUUGUCGGCAGGAAAAAUGAAAACAGAGCUUUAAAACGUGAACUGGUAUCUGACUCUCAAAGAAAACGACAGCUCAAACUGAGGAAAACACUGCUUCCUUCGUGAUACAACGGUUAACCACGUUUCGGCAAACGGAAAGUAAUAUUAGUCUGUUAUGACCUCUUAAUGUCGAUAUGUUUUCCCGUGGUUAACCGUUAAAACUCCUUAUUUGCACCACAUCGCUGCAAUGUUGCUCGCCAAGAAUAAGUAUUGCAAAGCACUUUCUACAUAGCGAGAUCUUCUUUUGCCUUUUGUGAGGAAUUAGGGCAUGAAAACGGAAAAUUUUCCAGCUCACGGCCGUCAUCGAUCACGUGCCAAUCCCGCUCUCCUUGUCAUCAAGUGAACUUCUGGGCCACAGUAAUUGUUUUUUUGGUGAGAUACAGACUGGUCUGUCUAUCUUGAAAACAAUUUCUUUAGCAUUAUGUGAUUUAGGAGCUGGGAAAUGAACUAGAAUAAAUGAAUAAAUGGCAGGCGGUCAUCUAAAAUCAUUACAAAAGUACAUUCCUAACCUGUUCUACGCCUACCUACGCUUAAGGUUUGGAUCUGUUAGGUUUGAAAAGGUCUCAAAAAAAAGAAAAACACUUAUAGGGCAUAGCAGAAACGGCUGGCCCAUAAUUUAUGAGGUUCAUAUCCUGUAUAUUGCUCACGUCCUUUCACCAAUGGCACAAGUCAGUGUCGAAAAUAAUGCAUGUCCGCUCCGUUACUCUCAGUAUUUCAUUAUCUUAAGUUGACUAUUCAUGCACACAAGAACAAUUUUCAUUGUACCUUGGUGUUUCCAUCGUUUUUCCACUAGUGUUAAUACUUGUGAAAACAUUACAUCCACAGCAACGGCAGUGAUCACAACACAAAUGAUUUCCUCUCGACCCGACAGGGUAUCAGGAACGCGCGCGGGAGUACAAGAUUAAGUAAUGACAUACGCGUAGUACAUUUUACUGUACGUGUACUACAAAUCAGGACGAAAAUUUACAAAUGGUUGUUUGUACACAAACAAUUUGGCCCAUAGAGUAGCGUCAUGGCACAACAAUUCAGCAGCGUCAAAAAUCUAGCCGGAAAACAUAGAUACAUAUUUCAGACAAUCAGGGACAAAAGUAGUUGACACACUUGUUUAGAACGGGUACUUUUAUCAAACAUUUACUUCAUUUAUUAUUUCAUUCCUUUUAAACGCCAUAAAUCCCCUCACCCCCUGAAUCAAUGUUGUCUGAAGUAAAAGAAAGAGUUGAGGGUCCAAAAUACAAUGUUGUCUGAAGUAAAAGAAAGAGUUAAGGGUCCAAAAUACAACAUUGAUUUUGGGGGCGAGGGGUGGAGGUAGACAGGGGAAGGGGAUAGGUGAGUCCAGUAUUCAAAAAGGGGCCAUUUUGCGGAAGUGUCUCAACACUUUUGUCCCUCAUUGGCAGAUACCUUCAACUGAACGUCUCCUUGUCUUUCCUGGCCGGUUAUCGUAGGUAAUCGUAGGUACUAUCCACUAAAGAAGAAUUAAAGGCUGGCUACAAAGAAAACUGACCAUCUCCACGCGCCUCCACGCGAACCGCUACGAAUUUGAGAGUAAUCGACGAAUCCGCUCCAAAUUGCCAUCGGCUAAUAUGCAGGUAACGUGUGCUCCAGCUUCUUGCUCGCUGGCUCUAUAAAACCCAUCGCAACUGCACGAUAAUCGCUCGCUCAUCAACAAACACUGUUGACCUUUCCGCUCUGCCAUGACUGCAAACGGGCAGGAUUAAUACGGCCGAUCAAUACGCGACGUGAAUAUUCAAGCUUAGCGACCGCGUCCGCGCGACAAUGCAGCACUUGCUAUGGAAGGGGUGAUACUAUUGCUUCUAGGUCAGUCAACGCUGAGGGAGGCACCGCUACGUUAGUUUUGACCAGAAAAACAAAAGGCGAUAGCGCGACCGUCCGUAAACAGUUUUCAACAGGGCGGCCCUAGUUUUCAAGUCCGAAUUCUUCUAACGUUCGCUGUUAGAACUGCUGUCACAUUGUUCGACAAGCCGCUUGCUUACAUUUCCAUCCUACGCGAUAUCUGUCGCAUUUGCCUGCUGGAAUUUUUUAUUGCAUGCCGCUAGGGAAAAUAAUAACGCAGCGAAAUUUUUGGUCUUUGAAGCAAAGUAAUUCGGAAGGCUUGAUUGGCCCACCAUAUUUUUUUUAGCUUUAAAAAGAGACCAAAUAGAAGUCUGUACGUUGAAUGGUCGCGGACUUCAAUAUGAUUUUUCGAGCAUUUCAAGUUUGCUUAUAUGACCACUAAAUUUUACGCAAAAUGACUUCUCCGCAACUUCGGACAAAAACACGAACUUCAAUAUCUCGAGAAUAUGAUGCGUUACGUCGGGAUUUCAAUUCUUUUAUGCCGUAGAACAGUUUAGUUCACUAUUUUCAAAAGACAAAUUAAAACAAGGGGCGCACAUACACAACACUCAUGAUGCGCCUUCCCCGCGCAUGUCGUGGGAGAACUGCCAUACGGUUCCCAGACAACAGCUCCCACAUGUGUUGUGUGGAGCUGACAGUUAAAGGACUCGCCUCGGCCGAAAAGGGUCUGUUGAACACGGGUUUUCGCCGGUCAUAGAUCGACGGCUAUGCCAUGCUGGUGACCCUCAGUAAGGGCGAAACAGCUGUCCGUGGCUGCGACAGUCCGCGCAAUUAGCUAUUCAUGCUCGUUUGCCCUUGGCGAUAGCUAUAACUAGUAUAUAUAGUUUGCUCAUGCUAAAUAUAAAAUCGUGUGAUGCUAAGCGGAGAAGGCAACGAGAUAGGGGCACCCAACGACGGUUUCCUCAUAAUUAUACAUUGAAAACACUUUUUUAGCUAUUCAUAAAUUACUUUUAGCUCUAUAGAAAUGCAUUCUAAGCGGAACUAUAAAAUUUGGAUCCGUUCGGCCAUUCUAGGGGAACUGGAGUCUUUUCGAAAUUACGAGGAAUUCAGAAUCAUUUUCAAAAUUUUAGAUGCAAUUUAACGUAUUACGAAGGAGAUAAUUUUUCUGAUUCUUUCUUUCAUCACAUUUUUGUAUCCGAAAAUUUUAGGUUUCCUUUUUGUCUACGAAAAAUAGCCUAACCCGGGGAGUGAAAUGUGAAAAAUUAAACUUCAGAAAAUCGUAGGGAACUUGUUAGCAUGAUUAGAUGAGCUUCGAAAAAUGACAUGAAUGGAAUGGUCAUCUAGAAAUUUUUAAGCCAACUAAAGGGAAAUUCUAGGCAAAUUGCCUCUCCGAACAGAUACAGUAAAACGCCGCGAAGAAGAACCUAGAUUUUUUGAAGUUUGGCAAAAUAGAUUCUUAUAGUUUGGAGUACUUAUUGGAAGUUUAAGCUAAAUAGCUUCUUAAUUAGGUUCUUAAUUUUUAUGAAGGAUACUGUUGUUGAUUACAAGAAAUUGCUGUAAAUGGUAUUUGUCCCGGCUUCAUAAUAGGCAUUUAUUUACCAAAAAUCUAACAAAACUUGGUGAACAGCUAGAAAAUUUGCAGUUUUCAACAAUGGUCGUAUGCAUUAUACAUUUAUAAUAUAUAUUAUAUGUAGGAAGCUCUGAAUAACUAACUAAAUAAAUAAAUAAACUGUAUAUAAAUUUCCCAUAUUAAAGCAAGACUUUUGGUCAAAAUGUUCAUGAAAAUGUAGUCUAACCCCACAUAUAGGAACCUGUUGAUUUUUCCUUGGCUAAACUGGUUCUUAUAUUUUGGAGUAUUAAAAUGCCAAAUUUCUGUCAGCGGGUUCUUAAAUCCUAGGUUCUUUGCGGCGUUUUACUGUAUUUUACAGAAAACAGUCGUUGGGUGCCCUUGACGAGAACUGUGAAAAACAACAAAAAAUCUAAUUGCAACACACUUUUUUGUACAUUUCCUUGCCGUUAUUUUGCAUGACUUCAACGUGAAACGUCCAGAAACUUCAUGGUUUUCACGUUCUAUGGAAGAAAUGUGGUACAUGUUCUUGUUCACUUUUUCCACUGCCGCUCAUUUUUUUUAGCUCCGCUAUAAAAUUCGUAUCUGUUCGGUGAUCCUAGGGCAAAUUUAGUCUUUUUGAAAAUUACAAGGGCUUCAGUAUUAUUUUCCCGAAUGAUUGACCUAGAAGUAAUAGUACCAUCCCUCCCAUAGCAAGUGCUGUAUUGUCGCGCGGACGCGGUCGCUAAGCUUGAAUGUUCACGUCGCGUAUUAAUCCUGCCCGUUUGCAGUCAUGGCGGUGGGUUAAGGUCAACAGUGUUUGUUGAUGGGCGAGCGAUUAUCGUGCAGUUGCGAUGGGUUUUGUGGAGCCAGCGAGCAAGAAGCUGGAGCACACUUUGCCUGCAGAUUAGCCGAUGGCAACUGGGAACGGAUUCGUCUAUUAUUCUUAAAUUUAUAGCGGUUCGCGUGGAGGCGCGUGGAGAUGGUCCGUUGUCUUUGUAGCCAGCCUUUAAUUCUUCUUUAGUGGACAGUGCCUACGAUUGCAAAACUCGACAAAAUGCCACUUUAACCGGCCAGGAAAGACAAGGAGACGUUCAGUUAAAGGUAUCUGCGCUUUGUUUUGUUAUAUUUUGACUUUUGAACUAUUUUAGUUCAUGUGAGUUUCGACGACUCAUCCCAUUUUGUCCAUGUUAUUUACACACACUACGUCUGGGCCGCCUGUGCAGGGGCCGGCAGCCUUUUUCUAACACAGUCGUUCUAUUAUAUGCAAAUUAAGUGUAAUUAUUCUGUGGGCCUAUAGCUCAAAGUGGUAUCUCAGCGGCAUCCUUUCCCUCUGACACUACCACAGACACGCAGGAUUAUAUUUAAACUUGGAUUGUAAAAAUAAUAGAUAAAUAUAUACAUAUGUAAUAUAUAUUUUACGAAAAGUAUGACUGAAAUCUGCUAUUAAAGUAACGAAAUUUUCUAACAGCCUUUUCUUGGUUUGUGGUUUGGCAACGGUUAUUUAAACUGGCUCAAUUGGUCGAUUGUAGGCAAGUUUUCCGUGGAAGGUAAUUUUCAGGAAGCACUUCAAAGCUUAAAAAGAAAAGGAAAAAAUUUCGUCGGGUGCUUACCUCCUCUACAAACCGUGAUAUUGGAAAGUUUCAUGUUGUAGUCGUGCCGUGACGGCGAGAAAAUGUACAAAUAAGCGCGAUGCACGAGUAGAGUUGUUGUAUUGGCUAAAUUAAAACUAUGACUAUUUUGACGCGACCGUUGCCGCCGCCGUCAUGGUUACCUAAAUUCCCUACUAGAAGUGGAGGAGAGAGUUCAACAAAGCAUCCGCCAAAGAAUAAGCCACAGCACCAAGAAAAACCCUGUGUAUGUAAUGUAUGGAAUAAAGAGGGAAGAUGUUUCGAGGGGAACUAAGUGGGCACUAUUAAUUUUAAAAGACGCCCUGGUUGCGUAAACUCCCUAAUUGGUAUCAGGCCCCAAGGAGAUCACCUUGACGUUAUGUUGACUGUAUGUUUUAUUUCAGUACCCUAGUUCAUGUGGCUCGUAUAAGAUUUCUGGUAUCAGAGAUUUGACGGUCGGAUUUGACAGUACCAAGCCUGAUAACAAACCGGUAAGUGGCUAACAAUAGGGCAGUGUAACCUUUGUGUUCUCUUUGUUACACUGAUUAAUCUCUGAUAAUUUUGAUGCUGACGCGAGUUAUGGGGAUUUCAUUUAAACGGCAGCCAUUUUUACCGGAAGUGAAAGGAUGAAUCACCUGAAGUUGACUUGCUUUGCCCUACAGUAACUUUUAAGUUCAAAAAUCUGUUCACAGAGAGGCUGUGUUAUUGAAAUAAUGCAGAUAGCAUUUAUAGAAUUGGAUAAUUUUAGAGUUUAACGUUAACUCCGUUUUAGACCGGAAAUGCUACACACUUUUGCCGGAAAUUACCCGUGAAAGGAAUGAUGUAAAAAAAAUAAACAGGUGACUACUUCAAAGCUAUGAACGUUGAAAUAUUAAAAAAAAUUGAAAAUAGACAUAGCUAUUGUUUAAGAGCCGUAAUUUAUGUAUCAAGGUUACUAAAUUUUAUGUCCGCAUCGAAAGAAUUAAUCACCAUGUCGAGCCUCUCUCACAACGUAGAGACCCGGUCCGGAGUGGCGGUUCUUGCUACUUUUAGAAUUAAAUUCUGUUAAGUUUACUUAACAUAAACCAAAACUUGAAAUACCCGAUGUUAGGGGUGACCAGUGUCAAAUCAGCCACGGUGACCUGAAUUAAAUUACCCAUGAUACAAAAGGUCUGAUAUUCACACUUGUUCCGCCAUUCUUUUUUCCUUUGUGGGGUUAGACUUGCAUGUUUUAAAACGCAAGAAAUAGUCAGAAAGAAGUACCACAGGCAGAUAGGAGUGAGCUAGAAAGAUUAGGAAAUGUAGUUCAGAGUUUAAACAACACGUUUGAUUGUCACUAUAUGUCCUGUAAGUAAUGUUAUGCGGUAGAUCCCCACUAAUAAUAAUAAAAAAUUGCUCGACCUAGCGGGGGAUAAGUAAGUGGGUUUUGGUAUUGCAUUUUAAGUAACCUGAGAAACGUUUCCAAAAUGGUAUAGAUGUUUUUCAUUUUUUUAAAUUGAGUCAUUUUGGUGCAAUUUCAACAUCUAACACACUAUAGUUUAAACAAAUUUUUGUCAACAUGGUAAGUUCACCCACUUCUACAUUUUUCUUCUGAAAACAACCUGUCACUAUAAAUGUAAUGGUCACUAUAGGGAAGUUUCUGUUAGCUAUUGGAAAAUGGCCAGGAAAAAUUAAUAGUUUGGUAAAGGAUAUUGGUUUUAGUUCGAGUUAACCGAUUGUGAGUCAAAAUAUACAAUACAAUCAAAUCCAGUGAAAUACGUAUUUGCUCAAGUUAACCAAAUUAACCAUGUUUGAGGGGCUCGCACUGGGUACUUGUUGUGUUUUUAUUUUAGUCAGCUCGAUUUGUACCAGUCAAGGAUUGCAAUGUAAAAAUAUGUACUGAGUACCGUAUAUACAUUAUUGUACUUUAUCUUGACAUCAGAAACUUGAAUUAUUCCUAAAGAAGUGCUGAAAAGUGUCAGUAGCCCCGGAGAUAACCAGGCAACACCCGUGCUAUUGCUAAGACCGACUGGAAUGAAUGUGCCAUUUGAAUUAUCAGCAAAACAAAGUAGAGCCUUAACGGCGUCCUGCUCUGUUGGUUAGGGCUGGAGACGUAUGACAUUUCAGACUAGCUACAAGGCCUUGGCUGGGAAUAUAGCAAAUAGCAAAACUGAGGGAUCUCGAUUGCAUGCCUGUACAGAUAGAUUUUAAGCCGCUAGAUGAACGUGAUGGAUUAGAGAAUACGUUCGUAAGAUGCAAAAAAACACGCUGGCACAAAAGUUGCUGUGAUCUCCUCAAUUCUACGAAGUUGAAAGAGGGAGAAAAAAGACGUGCGCUUGAAAGUGAACAGCCGGUUGGUGGAAAGUAUACACGUUCAGCUCCACCUACAUCUCUCAACAAUAGCGGUACAUGCGUUUUUGAGCAGAGUAUUCUACACGUAACAACCCUCUUCACAAUGUUUGAACAUUUGGUUUAGAUACCCGUGUCAGGAAGUGUGCGACCGUAUUGCAGGAUAAAAAGGUUUUGGCGAAGUUAAGCGCGGGUGACCUGGUAGCUCUGGAGGCUAAAUAUUCCGCCCUAAAUUUUCCUGUGAAAGAUGAAUAAUUUACCAAAAUACGAUUUUUUUGCUUACGCAUCUUCAUAACCUGCCGAAAUUCAAAUUUAUCGAUUCAGAGAAUGGAACUAUGCUUUUUAAAAACUACUUCCGGUUUGAAAAUUUCACUUCCGGUUUUAAAUGAUGGCUAUUCUGAAUGCCGGAAAUAUCUCGAUAACCCAAAAUAUUUCGCGAUGGCUCCAUAUCCACAUUUAAUAGGCACAUGAAGUUAUACUCUUCUGCCAGGUUUCAUGCUUUUAACCAAAAGUCGCACAGUCCAUGCAAGUAUCCGCCCCACUGUCUUUUUGUUUUGCCUGUUUCGUAUCAGGAAUUUUUUUUUCAGUGGAGACCAUGAAAAAUACUAUGAAAACAUUUUUUCCUUGCGGGCGUCGCAGAGUAACCUUUCGUAAACGGUCUUUGUCAUUGCCUUUCGUGUGCUAAUAUUUCUCCAUUAAAACGACCCGCCAAAAUUGCGAAACACAUUGAACAACUGUCUUUUAUAACUCAGAUACAUCUAUAACAACUGACCCACGCCACGUAAACUUUGAAGUAAAUUCAAUCCAGAGAAUGGCUUUUACAUCUGCUAAAGGCAGAAUCAGUUUGUAAACUGUUCGUCGGGAACUGAUCGGCUUACACAAUAGUAUGGCACUGCGAGUUCUGCACCAGGAAUAAGUAUUAGGAGACGUGCCUUACCAGCGUGAAAGAAGUUGGAACGCUCUUUUCUAGUGUUAAGUGAUUGACAGGCUCUUAGGAGGGCAAGACGAUUUAUUUUAAAGUACAGUCGAACCUCUUCAAUACUGACACCGAAGGGACAGAGCCAAGUGUCCGUAUUAGAGAGGUGUCCGUAUAAAAGAGGUCACUACGAAGACGUCACUUUUGUGACUCCACUUACAGUUUUAACUGUUCAGUAGCUAAAACCAGGCUUAUACUCGUCUUUAAACUACAUUUAAAUUUAUAAACACUGAAAGACAGUCUUUCAGUAGCAUAUAACAUUGUACAUAUAAGCUACAAAGCAAGCACAGUCGUAGGCAUCUCAUUGUUUUAAAACAAAACGUGCUACAGCGCAAUGCUUCAUGUUUUUAUAUUGUAACUUAAAGCACAAUUCUGAAAGCGUCUUUCGCUAUUUUGCAAGUGCAGUAAAAAUAACUAGAAUACAAAAUGUAAUAGAAAACAUCAUUAUGCUGUCUGUAGUUAUUCAAGCCUUUGAAAAGUCGUUUAUGUUCCCAUGUACACCUUUCGCAAGUCGUUGUUUGAUAUACAGCGACUGGGCUUUUGAAAUCACCUUGCAUAGCUCAUCAGUCAGAUGGGAUUCACCCUGUGUAGAUUCACCUGUUUGGGGUUGGGGAUUUACCUGAUCACCGCAGUGUCCGUAAUAAAGAGAUUAAGUUUAUCUGAAUUUACUCUCUGGGGCCGGGAUUUAGUGUCCUUUGUCCGUAUUAGAGAGAGUCCGUAAUAUAUAACAACUAUUCACCGAAGUGGAGGUGGCUAGUAUUGGAUACUUACCGGGGCCGCAAAGCGGCGAGGUAAAUUUCCACUACUAGCCACCGACACUGAGGUGAAUAAUUGUUUUAGUAUAUACUAAAACAGUGAGAUAAUUGAGCACAAAAUGAUGAUUUUGAACUCAUUUACUGUUGCCAACGAUUACAAUUUUGGCGUGCGAUGACCGAACGGCCGCGGUCGUCGCUUUUUCUUAGCGACAAAUAAAACUUUUGAAAGCGUUUGUUUAGCUCUUGCGGGGAAGUUUCUUCAAAAGGAGUUGUGAAUUCUGUUUGUAUUUAAAAUAAUUCUGUAAAAAAGAUUAUUAAAUUUAGUUUUAAGCUUAUUUAUGAACAAGUCAACUAAAUAAAGACUUAAGCUUAAUUGGCAUUUAUGCACAAAAAACUUUUUCACCGGUAUUAUCAAUAACUAUUCAAGUCAAAAAGACAAAGCUUUACCUGUUAAAACUUCCAAACCGAACUUCGUCACCUUCUUCAUGUAUUUCGGAAAUAGCUUGCUUGAUUAGUUGUCAAAUUUCUUAGUUUGUUACGGCAGCAAACCGGGAAAGCAUUUUGCUCGCAACCUACGCGAGUUUGGCGUCGCUCGCUCGGAGGAACUGGAGGUGAAUCAGUGAAUAGUUGAAAACUAGUAAAUUGUCAGCGGAUAAUCUUAAAAAGAUACUAGACCUCGAUGGGUCGACACCUGAGCCCGCGAUACGGUCAGGUGAUACUGGUCAGCGGAUACCCUGUUUUGACAGCUGUCAAUUGAUCACAACAUUAAUGUGCAAUAUGUGUGCAAUAUCAGUCUUCCUGUGCUCCCAAACUGGCUAGAAAGUGUGAGAUUGAACAUUGGUUACCCUGUGGUGCAGGCGGACGGUGUACGGUCACGUGAUUACCAAAUUUUUUGGAUGGGUAGAUUUACUUUGCCAUGGUGCUCCACAGGCGCGCUUCGCGCGCCAGAGCUCCGCUAUUAUAGAAGGCUUUUCAAAGAAAAUAUAUGAGAAUUUUGUCGGGACACUGGAAACUGUCCCUAAUAGAGACGUGUCCGUACCUACAUUUUCAUCAGCUGAGGCUUAUAGUGUAACUGUAAUACUUGCUCUUUGCUUCUUCAGUUCUUUAUUCUGACUUACACCUCAGUUCGCUCUUUAACUUUCUCAGUUUUUCACUGCGUCGUUCUCCAUCAUGUUUCUCCUCAUUUUCUUUUUCUUUCCUUUCCAUCUUCGUUAAGUUACAGACUUCUUCUACUUUUAUAGUCUGUCCUUUUAACUUAACUGAUUAUAGUGGUUUUCCUUAUUAACAUGGAGUUAACUCAAAAGAUAGAUAUUAACUAUAAGAGGAAACCAAUAUCAAGUUGGUGACAAUAUGUCCGAGCAAUAAAGUGCUUAUUCAUCUGAUUUCAGAGUAAUAAACAAUUGCUAUAUUAAGAUAUGAGCAGUCCAUCUUCCCAAUAAUAAAGACCAGUUAAUUAAAUGAUAGUUUAUCUUAUAAGGUGGCAUAUUUAUUAAAGUAAUAUGGCCGUUUCUAGAACCUAAAAACCGCGAAAAUGGCGCAUUUAGUCCACCAUGACUAAAGGCUUGGGUAACCAAUGGUCAAACGACCUUUAAAAUGGGAGCGACUGUUUAUGUAAGGGAAGUAGGUCACGGUGUCGUAAAGAAAUCAGCCGCAUUGACAAGCACGUCAUAACCACAACGGACAAUACACCUGGCGAAAAACCUAAAUAUUACAAUUGUGUUACUGUUUGUGUUUAUCCAUAUUAGGUUCUUCCCGUCAGCAAGUCAAGCCAGAUGAUCACAUUCUAUUUCGAGAAUGGGUGCGUUGCCACCCUUCGGACAAGUGGAACUGAACCUAAGAUUAAAUAUUACACAGAGUUGGCAUGCAAACCAGGAGACAAGUAAGUUCAUUGUACAGUCGACUUAAUAAUUUAAUCAGAGAAAUACAUGUAACGUCGAAUUAUUAUGCUAUGCAAGGGACAAGUGAUUCACGACUUCUCAUUCGGAUACUCCGAAAAGGUGUUUUGAAGUAAACACCCUUAGAAACCUACAAUCUUGGACAAAACUGUUGAGAAAAUGUCACAUUCUCAGAGCAUUUUUCUUAACAUCGUAGCUAUACCGAUUCCUCUCUCCCCCCUCCUCUUUAAAGCAAUGUUGUUUUGUGUUCUAAAGCAGCCCUGAUCCUUAGACAUUAGUAGGACACAACUUUGACCUGGGGUAAGGGGGAUUUGGUACCGUAAAUCAGUUGUUGUUGAAAUAAUGUUGUUGCGUAGGAUACUGUCCAUGAAGGGGUAAAAAUUCUCAAGUAGUUUCGUCCGGGAUUGUAGCUAAGGGUUAAUCAGGAGACGAACAGCUUAACGAGUUGAUGAGCAAACAAGCCAACACAGGCUGCUCAAAUAGUGGUUCCGGAUUAGGCAGAAAAAAUAACCUUUUAUGAUCUACUCGAGAAACGUUACUUUCUACGGUUAUAUUUUCUUGUUCUUGUAAUGCGCAUGUUCGCGAUAGUUAAGGAGGCGGGAAAAGUUUUCAGAAGUCAACAAAGGCAUUCUUAUAGCUACAGUUUUGAUUUUUCAGUUUCCGUAGGUUUUUUUAGGGUUGCAUUAUUUUGUGAAAAUAACAACAACAAUUUACUCAAUUUGAAAAUAAUUUACAAUUAUGUUACCCACAAUUAGCGAGGACUAAUGUCGCUGGGUAUCAGUACAAUAAUAGUCAGUAAUAAUUAUGCAAAGUUAAAAAGAUAGGAAAGAGGAGGAAAGCAAAACAGGUAGCACACGUAAAAGUAAUAGUGGUAAAGGGUAUACUAUUAAAGAAAACUAUGAUCUAAGGAAGAGGAAACUUUAUCUAAAUAAGGAGUUCAGGUAAGAACUAGUAAUGGCGGUUAUAUCAACAGACCAUAUACCUCCUCAGUCUUCAAAACCUUUAGCAGUAACUUUUGUAUCCGUGACCAUUUCACUUGUCAGUCCGAGAAUCUUGUCUAUUGCAUAUCCUGCCGCCGAUACCCACUUCUUUACAUUGGUGAAACUGGAACAAACCUUAGGAGUCGCUUCAGCGAACAUCUGCGAAGUAUAAGCAACAACACUCCUGGCUUUCCUGUGGCCCAACAUUUCAACUCCACUGGCCACAGUAUUUCUGAUGUCCAGGUGCGUGGUGUUGCAUUACGCAGUGGUACUGACAUUCAACGAAAACAAUGUGAGAUGCGGUUGAUUUUUCAACUAGGCACCGUUCAGCCGAAAGGACUGAAUAUCAGACUCCGCAGCCACCCAAGCUGUAUGGACUACCAAAACUACACAAACCCACCAUACCUAUGGGGCCCAUGGUUUCUUUCUGUGGGUCCUCGACCCACCAACUGUCUAAAUACUUAACUAACGUACUGAAACCUCUCACUGACGAAUCUAGACAGAAAGUACAGUCUACUGAGAACUUUAUUGACGCCAUUAAGACAACACAGAUACCGGACGUCCACAAACUAGUGUCCUUUGACGUGAAAUCAUUGUUCACCAGUAUUCCACUUCAACUGGCUCUAGACUGUACUGAGAACGCUUUUAAGAACUCUACUGUUGAACUGCCACUACCUUCAGACGACAUUAUGGACCUACUCAACCUCUGUUUGACUUCGACGUACUGUCAGUACAGCGACAAACACUACAAACAGUUACACGGUGCGGCUAUGGGCGCUUUCGUUUCUGUUGGUGUAGCAGAAAUUGUCAUGCUACAUAUACAG